AUGGUUUGCCCUACGCUGAAUAAUUUAUUUUCUGCAGAUAUCCUGGACUUUCAGACGAGCAACUACACAAUCGCCAAGUGGAAUUACUGUCUGACAGAUGAGGAGAGUCUGCACGUGGAAGGAGCUUCGCACGAGGAGAUGCUCCUCCUCUUCCUCCUGAAGCACCACAACGACUCCAACACCAUCAACAGACAUUUUCCAAACAUCGUAAACGAAUACGUGCUAAACGACGCAUCACACAAGAAGCAUGUGAUUGGCGGGGAUCUUUUUGUCAUAUUCGAACUCGGUCACUGCGAAACAGCACCAGGCGACUUUAACCAUUAA